AUGUCGGCCUUUUUACCUGCCUUGCGGCGGGUUGCCUUCCAGGCUCCGUCCAGGUUCUUUGUCUGCAACCAAUGCCUGCGACAACCCCCCCGAGCGGCGCCGUCGUCCCGGAUCCUCCAAGCCGCCCAGUCGCGGUUCUUUGUCGCCAAUGCCACCGGGCCGGUAAAUGCAUUGGCCGCCGAGGCUUCCGCGGCCGCCGCCAAGGCCUCUGCGCAGACCAAAUACGUCUUUCCCAAGACGACGUCCAAGGCCGUCGGAUACUGGCUCAUUGGCAGCGCCGUCAGCGUCUUUGGCAUCGUCGUCUGGGGCGGCCUGACCCGAUUGACCGAGUCCGGCCUGAGCAUCACCGAAUGGAAGCCCGUGACCGGAUCGAUGCCCCCACGAUCCCAGCAAGACUGGGAAGCCGAGUUUGAGCGGUACCGCGCCUCGCCCGAGUUCAAGAUUCUCAACCCUCACAUGACAGUCGACGAGUUCAAAAAGAUUUACUUUAUGGAAUGGAGCCACAGACUCUGGGGCCGCGUCAUUGGCAUGAGUUUUGUCCUGCCGACGCUCUACUUCAUGGCCCGCCGCCGCGUCUCGGCCAAGAUGGCCGCCAACCUGCUCGGCAUCUCGUCCCUCAUCGGCUUUCAGGGCUUCAUUGGCUGGUGGAUGGUCAAGUCCGGCCUCAAGGACGACCUCUUCGCCGAGGGAUCGCACCCGCGCGUCUCCCAGUACCGCCUCACCGCGCACCUCGGCACCGCCUUUAUCUGCUACUCGUGGAUGCUGCUCUCCGGCCUGGCCGUCCUCCGCGCGCGCCGCAUGGCCGCCGACCCGCGCGCCGCCCUCGCCGCCAUCAAGGCCGUCCACAACCCCGUCCUGGCCAACUUUCGGCGCACCGUCCUCGGCGUCACCGCCCUCAUCUUUGUCACCGCCAUGUCUGGCGCCCUCGUCGCCGGCCUCGACGCGGGCCUCAUCUACAACGAGUUUCCGAAAAUGGGCCUCGGCCUCACGCCACCCGCCUCGGAGCUCUGGGACAAGUUUUAUGCGCGCCGGGCAGACGGCUCCGAUCUCUGGUGGCGCAACAUGCUCGAGAACCCCAGCACCGUGCAGAUGGACCACCGCAUUCUCGCCGUGAGCACCUUUUGCGCCAUCCUCGCCCUCUUCGUGUACUCCCGCCGCGGCCGCGUCGGUGCGGCCUUGCCCAAAGACGCCCGCAAGGGCGCCCUCGGCCUCGUGCAUCUUGUCUGCAUGCAGGUAGCGCUCGGUAUCACGACUCUCAUCUACAUGGUGCCGAUCCCUCUGGGGGCGGCGCACCAGGCCGGCAGCCUCGCCGUGCUCUCUGGCGCGCUCGUCUUGGCGCACCGGCUUCACGUGCCCAAGUCCACCGUCCGCGCCUUGGAGCAGAAGCUCAAGCACAUGAAGCCGCAAUAG